AUGGCCAACAAAUACUCAAGUAAAUUAUUUGCUGCUAGAUAUAUCCCGAAUCGUUCUGAUUAUGAUACAUCAGUUGGUGAAAAUUCAGCAGAAGAAUUGUUGAAGGAAUCACGAGAAAGACUUCGUUCACAACCGACAUCAAUAAUAGCAAAUAUGGAUUUUAGUGAAAUGUAUCAAACUGAUAUUCCACACAUAUCCAAUCUUCUUCAACAAGAUGAUCUUCAUCGUGCUCGGUCAUAUGUAUCCAAUAUGAAGUUUGAAAAGAAUUAUGAAGAUGAUAAGCUUUUAACUGAUAUUGGAUCAAUAACAAUAGCAACUGUCCGAACAGGUUAUGCAAGACAAACUAAGGACAUGUUUUAUCGACAAGUAUCAGCACGUCGAUAUGUUGAUACAACUGGCUUGAGCUUGUACGAAAAAAAGCAUUCAAAAAAUUCGCCGCCUAAUCAUCGACAUUCAUCAGUCAAUACAAGAAAACACAAAAUACGUCAUCGCGUUCAGGCAUCAUCAACCCUUCGUAAGAUUAAAAAUCUAGAUCAAGAAUAUUGUUAUGGUAAUAUUGAAAUGUUUCAGAAUCAUCGAAUACAGUGGAUAAGCAGCUCCAAGCAAACAGUGAGUAAAUCACGUAAAAUCAUUGUACAAAACUUCGAGGAAUAUUCAUGGUCAUCAAUCAGCUAA